AUGUUUGGUGAUGAUGUAGUGUUUCCAGAAGAUGUCUUAGAGAAUUACACGAUCCCAGAUCUGAAUAGGUUAGUGGAAGAUUUCUUCAAAGAGAACAGCAUGAAUAUGAAAUCGAGACAUGACGCUGACAUUGCGCUGCCACUAAAUAACAUUGCUAAAGCACAAGAAAAACAACAAAGACAUUAUGCUAAAAAGACUUCUAAAUAUGGGGAAAUAAAAUUUGAAGUUGGGGACUCUGUACUAUUACUGAAUACUAGACAGAGAACAAGAAAAGAAGGAGUAUUGGAAUCUAAAUAUCAUGGACCAUACAAAAUUAUGAGUGUUGAAGGUAAGAGAGUGAAAUUACAAACCAUCUCAGGGAAACAGUUAGGAACCAUGUACAGUAUUGCACACUUAAAACCAGUAAAAGAGCCAACAACAUUAGCUGCUGAAAGCACAUCAGAGGGAAAAACUGGCACUGAAAUUGGAGUUGGUGACGCUGAACCAGAAACACCCAUGGAAGAGAUUAGAGAAGUGGAUGGCACUGUAUCUCAUGACAGCAAAGUGGAAAACAUAGAGGUCACAGCAAUAGAAAAAGAGGAAUAUAUAGGGCAAGAUGUGUCAAACAAUGAUACAAGUGAUGCUGAUGACAGUUUUGAUGACAUGCUUACAGAGGAAGUGGAAGACAAGCAAUGGCUUCUGAAAGUAAAAUUGGUAAUGACCAGCAAACACACAGAGAGACUGGAGGCGAAAGUGAGAAACAUAAAAUUGUAUGGCUCUUCAUUUCAUUGCCUGAAACCGAGAAGCUGGAUAAGUGAUGAGGUUAUUGAUGCAUUUUUGAGCUGUGUAGUUGAGAAAGCAGAUGGAAAGGUACAAGCCAUCUCAUCAGUAGUUUCCACUGUCAUUCUCUCAGGCAGAGCUACACAAGUGAAAGUGAAGAGUGAAUUACUUCAAAAUGAUAUAUUAUUGCUUCCUUACCACACACCAGGUCAUUGGGUUCUUGCGAUAGCCUUGAUGAAAAAAAAGGAAUUGUUAAUAAUUGACCCAUUGUGUGAUGAGAUCAGAUAUGAAAGAACAUGCCUGAGGAAUUGGAGAAACUUCAUCAAACGAUUAACUAGUAAAUCCUCAUCUGAUUGGAACAGUAAAAUUAUGCAGCAUCCCAGACAAAGUGAUGGCCACAACUGUGGACCACUCAUCUUAAAGUUUGCAGAAACAUAUUUGCAGCACAAAGACAUCAGUACGGUGGAAACAACACAGAAGGCUAAUACUGCGUUUAGAAGACAUAUAGCAAUUCUUCUAAUGAAGGAGUCAGAAAGCGUGGAGGACUACUGCAUAUACUGCAACCUUAUCGACUGUGAAAAAGAAAGUGAGGAUUGCACGAUGGUCCAGUGUGAUUCUUGCAAGAGGUGGGCACACAUACCAUGCAUUACAGAAGGAAUCAAUCAAGAAAACCUGACAUAUGAGAAGAAAGAGUACAACUGCAAGACAUGUGCAUAGUUCACUUCAUUAACAAAAAGAAAAAGGCAAUAAAGAAAACCCAUUGUUUAACUGCCUCUUGUUCAAAACAUAAUGCAACCCAAAGAAAUAUAUUUCUAUGUAUACAUCAGAUUAUAAUAAAUGUUCUUGAUGUUAAAUAAAUUAUUCUCUGUAUUUCUGUCCAUAUAUAUAAUGCAAACUAUAAAAUUUUAAAAGUAAUUUUAAAAAAUGAAAGUGGUGUCAUCAUAGGAGUGCUCCAUACCCCGAAACCUAACCUCCCUUUUCAUG